CUUUACACCACUGUGCGCGUCUCGACGCGUCUCUUAGCUCCGCCGCUGGUCGACGAUGCUGGAGCGGGCUUCACCUCAGCAGCGGUCAACGUCCCAGCUCGCCAACAGCACGCUCGACGUCCUGCCUGACUGCAGCGAGCUCUAGUCAUGGCAAUCCCUGACAACAUUCCUGGCAAUUUGCUCCGCAAGCCAUCGGGCAAGGCGGAGGAGCAAACUGAGCUGCAGCGAGCCCCGUCGAGCUACAAGUCCAUGCACACGUACCGCCUGGAUAAGGAGAAGUCGUACAAACAGCAAUAUGCCGACAUGUAUUUCCUGCGGCUGACGAAGAUCAAGCCCGCCGUAGAGCAACUUGCUUCGUCAGCCUGGCGGAACACAGUCAUUGGUGGUGAGCCCGCGAGGAGGGUAGAUCGCGUGCUUGACAUCCGCCAGGGCGAGCUCUGCUGGGUGGUCGGCACCGUAUACAUGGAUAUGCCGCUCAAGCCGAACAUUUUGGAGGAUGUUUCCAAGGACAGAUGGAUCUCGGCUCCCUUAUCAGACAGAAAGUACUACUCUGACGGUGAUGCGGUGACACUGGAGGACGAAUCUGGUCGGAUACGACUUGUCGGCGACGUUCUCAAGUCGGUGAUCCUGGUGACGGGCUGCAUCAUAGCAGUGAUGGGCACGGAAAACGUCAACGGCGAGCUCGAGGUCAUUGACCUAAAGUUCCCCGACCUCGCUCCUCAGCCUGACCGGUGGGCGCUGACGAAAAAGCCGUCCGCCAAGCCCAAGGAUGAAGACACGGAGAUGAACGGGACUGGCGGCGUCGCGCGUAACAGCAACAGCAAAAUCGCGAUAGUGUCAGGUCUUAGCUUCUCAGCUACCGAUGCAUCCCAUUCGCUCGAGCUCAAUCUGCUGCUGGAGUACUUGCUCGGCGAGACUCUCGACCCGAUCAGUCAGCAGGAAGUAUCCCAAAUCAGCCGGCUCAUCAUAGCCGGCAACUCCAUCUCUCUCGAUGAGAGGCGGCACGCAGAGGAAGAACAGGCCCAACGUACAGACAGCAGCGGCAAGAAGGCGGGGCAGCAGAAAAAGUACGGCUACGACAGCAGCACGUACAAUGCCCAGCCUUCCCAACUUCUCGACGAGUUCCUGGCUACCCUGCUCCCCACGAUACCCGUCACAAUGAUGCCGGGCGCCCAGGACCCUUCGAACGCGAGCUACCCGCAGCAGCCCGUGCACGCAGCAAUGUUCCCGUCCUCGAGAGCUUACGCCGCGGCGCCAAACGCGGCAUCCGACGAGCCGGGCUGGUUCGACUCGGUGACGAACCCGUGGGAAGGCGAGCUUGAUGGCUGGAGAGUCCUCGGGACUGGCGGUCAGAACGUCGACGACGUGUGGAAGUAUGUCGACAGCGACGACCGGCUAGGCAUGAUGGAGGCGAUGUGUCGGUGGCGGUGCUCCGCGCCCACCGCACCAGAUACAUUGUGGGCCUAUCCCUUCCAAGAUGACGACCCUUUCGUCAUGCACACCUGCCCGCACCUCUUUUUUGUCGGCAACCAGCCCCAGUUUGGCACAAAGGUGAUCUCUGGCGGCAGCGACGGCCAGAUGGUCCGGCUCAUCACUGUGCCGUCCUUCUCCGCCACUGGCGAGAUCGUCCUCGUGGACACGGAGACGCUGGAUGUUUCGAGAGUCAGGAUCAUGGGGGCAUAGCACUAUGCUGUCAAGCAGCACUUGGUUCCAUAGCUAAAACAGGCAAUAACGACAUCACGAGUGAUGAUGCAAAUGAGAUA